AGUAAGGAUUUUUUUUAAUGUUUACAUGGAAUUGAACCUUUGAACACAAGUACAAGCAAACAUCCAAGAAAUAUCAGUAACAAGUGGUUAAGCUUCUAUAAUACGGGUUUAACCAGCUUCCAUAUUUUUCCUUUCAGAGUCUGUCCUGGCAGUAAGUCAUGUUUUACAAGUAGCCAUUGUCCUCCCAUUUCAGGUAGGAACCAGGAUAGGGAUUGGGUUGGUGAAUCGUUCCAAGACCUGAUUAACUGGACCCCUGUGAGACACCGAGAGUCAUUGUGUUUCGUCCUGCGUCAGUCUGUCGGUCUCGAUGAAACAAGCUGCUGCCACGACAGCCUGGAAAACUGGCUGUGCGACUCUGAGCAGCACUUCCGCGUUACUCACCUGCGACAGGUUGAAGUCGGGCGCGCACCUGGAUGCAUCUGCGGCGCGGGGAGAAACACCAGCGAGGGUCUUCUCUCCCAUCUUAAACGAUAGAAUUGCACAAAAAAAGAGAAGAAGAUUGUUUGUCGGGCAGUCAUGAGUGGGGAUUAUGGACUUUGUGAUUUGUCCGUGGUCUCGUUACGGGACAAUGAGCACGAGCCGGACUAUGGAAUUCAGCUCAAUCCAGAUGGACACGCAAACGCCACAGACUUGCGCGCAAGAAUCCAUGAAGAUUCCCGUUUAGCCAUUUUCGAAAACAAGUUCGGGUACACCAAUGGCAAGAAGAGUAUGGGGUCUUCUACAGAUGCGUCCAGCACCACUGGAGGACGGACAGUGUGUCCCGAGCAUGAGGAAGACGUGGAUUGGUAUUGCAGGACGGAAGGAAGGCCAGUUUGCCCCAAGUGUGUUGAUCAAGGAGCUUGUCGGAAUCACAGAGUGAUCCAGCUGCAGUUACGAGCCACAUCUGUACGGAAUCAGCUGGUGGACAUCUGUGAGAAAAUGCAGCUGCAAGCACUACAGAUAGAGCGCUUCAUAAACAACACACUGACUGCGAAAGAGAAGGCUUUGCAGACCGAGGCAAGCAGUGCCCGUGAGCGAGUUGUGGCUCAGGUGAAUGCUGUGCGUGAAGCCUUGGAUGAGGAAGAACAGCGUCUGCUGGAGGCUGUACAGCGGGAGGAAGAGCGAAUCGAGCAGUGUCUCCUCACGCAGCGGGCACACUGGACCAAGGCACUCGACACUCUCACACAUGCCCGGACCAGCCUGGUGCACACCCUUACACACUCAACAGACACCUUGCUUGUGUGCUCCAACCCUGAAAUAUCAGACAUGAUUGAGGCUGCUGAUGGUGUUGGGGAGCCCAAAGACUCAGAGCACCUGAAUCUGAACAGGGACUGCAGUGAUAGCAAACUAAUGUUGGGCUUGUGGGCUAGUGCGUUGAUUCUAGGAUCAACCGCUACAAGUCGGAUGUACUUCGAUGAGCGUACCGUCAGCCAUCUCCUUUUACUCUCCUCAGACCAGCUCUCCCUCACGUACCGGCCGAAACGCCAGAAGAAGCCUCUUCUGUAUGACCCGGCUCGUUUCGACAACUGGCCCAAUGCCCUCUGCCUCGAGCAAAUCAGUUCGGGCACGCACACCUGGGUGAUGUACGUAGGCGAUAGCGCCGCCUUUAAAGUGGGCGUCUGUUACCACAGCAUGGAGCGCAAAGGCUCGACCAACGAAUCUCGUCUAGGCUUCAACGCCAAAUCCUGGGUCCUCUCACACUACGAAGGAAACUUCUCCUACUGUCACAACAGCCAGAUCGUCAAUUUGGUCGUAGUGAAAAAUCCCACAAAAAUAGGAGUGCUGCUGGACUGGACCACACAAACACUCCUGUUCUACGAUCCUGACUCGAAGUGUGUGCUGCACGCCGCAAGGCACGCUUUUACCGAGCCACUGCUUGCUGCUUGUGCUGUGGCCGAUCAGAGAGUGUCUAUUGUGCACUGCUAAUAUGUAUGUACUUCAUGUUUACCGAUUCCUGUCAGAAAUGGAGUGUUUAUUUAAAUGAAUGAAUGAAGUCAAACAUUGCUUGAUUCUGCUCUUUCUAUAGAAAGUUUGGCUGCUAAUGAUAAAAAAAUAUUUUAUAGAUUAGUUUGAAAUGUGCCAGUGAAUGUGUGGACAUGGAGAAGUGGUACCCCAGUGGUUAAGAUGUUAUACUUCUGUUUGGAAUGUUGUGAGAUCAAAUCCCAGCACUACCAAGCUUCCACUGAUGGGCCCUUGGGCAAGACCCUUAAUUAUCAUCUGCUCCUUUCUAUAAAUGAGAUAAUUGGAUAAGGGCAUCUGCAAUAAAAUGCUGUAAAUGAAUAUGUAGCAUUAGUAGAUAGAAAUAGACCCCUGUAAAUGACUUAGAAAAAAGGCAAAAUAAGGAUUUUUGGUGUAACUUUUGAAGGUUAUUCAAAUCUCUGCAAAUUUAUUACGUGCUUUUUCAUUAGGUAUAAAGUUUAUUGUACCUUGUGUGGAAAUAUAUUGGGUACAUUUUUCUCUUACAUAAGCAUUUCUCUGUAUUGUUACAGAUUUGAAUAACUAUUAGCUCAGUCAUAAUAUAAAAUGGUAAUUGUAGUAAUGGUAUGAAAUGAACCAAAAUGAAGUCAUACAUUAGAUAUAGUGUGUAUUUUGGUUGAUAUUUUAUUUUUUACUUAAAGCUGGUCAAUGAAAAGGGCACAGUUUUAUCUAUUUAUUACUAUUCGAAUGUAGACGAGUGUCGAUUAUAGCCUUAUAUAUUUUAAGAUAUAUUAUUAUUGCAUUAUCGUUGCACAUUGUUGUAGCAAGAGAAGAUUUACUAAGCAUGCAUUACAUAGUUUCUAGCGAAAAUAUUUCUUAAAUAUACAAAUAUUUUAAUAACGAAUACCCUCGUUGUUGCUUUAAAUUAAAGAAAAAAACUCCUAAAUAAAAUACACCACCAUUGAAGAUUCUGUAUUUUCCUUAAUCAUGGCAUGAUUGUUGUAAACAGAUUAUUGUGAAAUAAUGUUAAGAAAUGCUAAAAUAUGCUUACUGGAAAGUCACAAGUACCCUUAUGAUGUUCAUACCGAAAAGCAUGAUUAUAAUGCUCAUAUAUGUAAAUUGGUAUCAAGAUUGUAUCACUGAUUGUGUCUUGUGUAUACUUUGUGUUAUGUAAAUAUGUUUAUUCAUUUUUUUCCACUGAUUUUUUUUAUCUACUUUUUUAUCAGCUAUCUUGUUCUAUUAAAAGAGCCAUUUUCUAUAAAUCUGACAUAUUGUGAAUCUUGAUUGUCGAUAAAUGUGUAUCGUCUGUGUUAAAUAUUUUAAUAAAUAACAUAUCAUU